AGUGGAUCUGGGGAAAGGGAUAGUGGCUCAUGUGGCAACUGAGUCCCCAUGGUAACUAAUUCCCCACCCACCCUGUGGCAUCUGUGAGGUCACCCUGCCUCUCCUGGCUGGAGGAAUGGAUGGAGGCCAGACAUGGAGGCUGCUCCCCCGGUCAGAUCCGGCCUCCUUGGAAUUCUGCUGCAGGUUGGGAGUCUCUCUGCCUUGCUGAUCGAGAACCGCACGCAUGUGUACAGCUUCCUGCUCCUGAAGAUGGCCGCCUUUCAGCAGUGGGUGUCAGGGCUGGCCCAGGAGGCCCGAGGCUCCCGCAGUGACCAGGCCCACCUGCUUCCAGGAGUCUUCAUAACCUGUCCCCUGAGCUUGGCCCUUCGAGCUGCACUGGUGUUGCUAUGGAUCCCCCUGUGGUUGCUGCUCUGGGGACCCAGGCGGGCGUACAAAGUCGGGCUGUGGUGUGCUCACACUGUGAGACUGGUCCUGUGGCACUUAGGUGCCUGUGACCCUCUGGGUGUAUGUGUAGCCACCUUCAGGGACCUGUUUAUCUCCUGUUUGCAUAACUCGAUGCUGGUGGCCUUGCUGAUGCUGUUGUUGAUCUGGAGACUGGUGCAGAAAGCCCAUCACUUUAGUCUGAGCAGGUUGCCCAGCCAGAAUUCUGUGUUGCUGGAAGCCCUGGAACUGCUGAGACGUAUCUACCUGUGGGUGGAGCACACAACCACACUCACCUCCUGGAACCUGGCCUAUCUUGUCACGUGGACCACCUGCCUGGCCUCCCACCUGCUUCAGGCGGCCUUUGAACAUACAGCCCAACUGGCCCAGGCUCAGGAAGCCAAAUCCCAGGAGACCUCAGGGCUUCCAUCACCUCAGUUCUUAAUUCCAGAGUCCUCCGCCACUGAGCCCUCCCCACCCCAGCCUGGAACCCCCCCAGAAUAAAUGUGUCCCCACCUGC